ACCCAAGACUCCGGGACCCAGGAGCCUGUAACGCGGCUGCCCAUUGGCUCAGCUUGGCACUGCUAGGCCGGGGCCCUUCCAAAGGCUUGGAAGAUUGGCUGAAGCUCCGGGCGCCGCGGCCAAUUGGCGGAUAGGAUCGCUUUCUAGGGGGCGGGUUCCGCCUGGGCCCCGCCUCUUUCUGCGGCCCUCUUCGCUCCACAUCCGGUUUCGUCCGCCGUGCGCCUGGAGGUGCCUCGGCCUCGUCUUUCUUUUCUGCUGCGCCGUUCAAGAACUAGGAAUGGUUGGAAAAAACAUCAAGUGAAGAAUUAUGAUUUGUGACGUGAAAAUUACAUGGAACUCCUCAAUGGUUGAAUUAUCCUAGCUGCCGUCCUGGAUCACUCCCCCUCUACCUCGCCACUGCCCUGUUGCUCCAAAGAUGAAUUUAGGGCAAGAGGGGAGAGCCAGAGCGCCGCUGUCCUUGGAGUCUGCAGCGGAGGCAGCAAGCCACACGGCCACGACUGUGAGCGUUGGUCGCUGUGCAGACGCCAGGAGAGCAUGACUGAUGAUGCGACCAGGACCUUGGGGAAAGGGAGCGCCCCCCCAGGGCCUGUCCCAGAGGGCCUGAUCCGCCUCUACAGCAUGAGGUUCUGCCCCUUCGCGCACAGGACCCGCCUGGUCCUCCGGGCCAAAGGCAUCAGGUACACACCCGUCCAGAAGGAAUUUUGCAAGACGAGCUCCUGCAAAGGACAUCUGGAUUUGGAAGGCAGAGCAACUUUGCUGGAAUGUGGACGGCUGGAUGGAGCCAGUUCAAAGCCAAGACAUGAAGUUAUCAACAUUAACCUGAGAAACAAGCCUGAGUGGUACUUUACAAAGCACCCUUUUGGCCAAAUUCCUGUCCUGGAGAACAGCAAAGGUCAACUGAUCUAUGAAUCUGUCAUUGCUUGUGAGUACCUCGACGACGCUUAUCCUGGAAGGAAGCUGUAUCCAUAUGACUCUUAUGAGCGAGCUCGCCAAAAGAUGUUAUUGGAGCUAUUCUGUAAGGUCCCACAUUUGACCAAGGAGUGUCUGGUAACAUUGAGAUGUGGGAGAGGAUGCGCUGAUCUGAAGCUAGCCCUGCGUCAGGAGUUCUGCAACCUGGAAGAGAUUCUUGGCUAUCAGAACACCAUCUUCUUCGGUGGAGACUGUAUAUCCAUGAUUGAUUACCUCUUUUGGCCCUGGUUUGAGCGGCUGGAUGUAUAUGGAAUAGCUGACUGUGUGAACCACACCCCCGCGCUCCGGCUCUGGAUCGCAGCCAUGAAGCAGGACCCCACAGUAUGUGCUCUGCUCAUAGAUAAGAACAUCUUCCUCGGCUUCUUGAAUCUCUAUUUUCAGAACAACCCCGAUGCCUUUGACUAUGGGCUAAGUUGCUGAGCCUUGCAGCCUACCCAUUCACCACCCAGAAUUCCCAAGCAUGUCGUGAUUCUGCAUCAGCACUUGUUUUGGUGGGGCAGUCAAUCUCUGUUCAUUUUCUUUGAGGUUCCCAAUAAACA